AUGACCGAAGGCUCUGCUCUGCCUAUUACAGUCCCCAUUAGCUCUGCUCCGACUGAAGAGGCUGCGCGCUCUGAUGACCAGGUCGCUAAGGGAAACACCGCAGCUCAGGGAGCUGCAAUGAAGAUCACUGGGAAGACUUACUGUUGUGACACUUGGAAGGCCGAGCACCCUGACUGCCAAGAGGACUUGGCUGCCUUUGAGGCCUAUUGGAAGGGCCUCACCGAGGGAGAGAAAAGGAAAUUCAAUAAUCUUGCAGCCAAGGCGAAGCGUCAGCUGAAUCGGACGGCGGCGAGCACGGCGUAA